AUGCAAACUCCACACAGAAGGACCCCUGGACUGGAGGAGAACCUGCGACCUCCUGGACUGGAGGAGCACCUGCGACCUCCUGGACUGGAGGAGCACCUGCGACUUCCUGGACUGGAGGAGAACCUGCGACCUCCUGGACUGGAGGAGCACCUGCGACCUCCUGGACUGGAGGAGAACCUGCGACCUCCUGGACUGGAGGAGAACCUGCGACCUCCUGGACUGGAGGAGAACCUGCGACCUCCUGGACUGGAGGAGAACCUGUGACCUCCUGGACUGGAGGAGAACCUGCGACCUCCUGGACUGGAGGAGCACCUGCGACCUCCUGCACUGGAGGAGCACCUGCGACCUCCUGCACUGGAGGAGCACCUGUGACCUCCUGGACUGGAGGAGAACCAGCGACCUCCUGGACUGGAGGAGCACCUGUGACCUCCUGGACUGGAGGAGAACCUGCGACCUCCUGGACUGGAGGAGAACCUGCGACCUCCAUGCUGUAGCUCUUAA